AUGCUAUCUCAACGCGCUCGCUGUGCCAGUCGUAAUCUCCUCUACUCAAGAUCAAUACAUCUACGGACAAAAUCAGCAUCUUUCUCCAGUUCUUUGAGAUACAAUGGCUACGACGACACCCUACAAAACCUCAAGAUCGGGGCUGAUACAAGAGUCAUCUUCCAAGGUUUCACGGGGAAGCUGGCAACUGCAAAUGCAAAAGAGUCCAUGGAGUGGGGUACCAAUGUUGUUGGUGGUGUCAAGCCCAAUGGCUCUGGCGAACAUUUGGGUAAGCCUGUCCUGCCUUCGGUGAGGGCUGCCAUGGAGCAAUUGAAGCCCGAUGCUACAGGCAUCUAUGUGGCCGCGCAUCAAGCUGCUGCUGCCAUUGAGGAAGCGAUUGAGGCAGAAGUCCCGCUCAUUGUUGCCGUUGCUGAGCACAUACCUUUGCACGAUAUUAUGAGAAUACACUCCAUGCUUCAAUCGCAAUCCAAAUCACGGCUUGUUGGUGCCAAUGCACCAGGAAUCAUCUCAGCUAUUGGAAGGUGUCGAAUCGGCUUCCAACCACUGCCUACAUUCUCUCCCGGCCACGUUGGUAUUGUGGCAAAGUCUGGCACACUGUCGUACGAGACAGUGGGAUCUCUAACAAGAGCCGGGGUUGGACAGAGCCUAUGUAUCGCUGUGGGCGGUGAUGUGAUGGCAGGCACAAAUUUUAUAGACGCACUAAAGGUCUUUGAGACGGAUGACGACACGCAAGCUAUCGUUCUCAUUGGCGAACUAGGGGGCACAACGGAGGAGGAGGCAGCUGAGUGGAUCAAAGAUUAUGAUAAAAGAGUUCGAAAUCCAAAGCCGAUUGCAGCAGUCAUUGGAGGGUUCCAAGCAGCUCCAGGGAGGGUCAUGGGACAUGCAGGCGCAUGGGCUGGCCUAGGAGAAGGGACGGCAGAGUCCAAGUACAAGGCUUUGGAAAGCGCUGGCGUGACUAUGGUAGACCACCCUGCGAAGUUUGGAGGUGUUAUGAAGGAAAUCAUGGCCAAGGCCGGUCAGCAGAUACAGUCAUCGAACUCGUCACAGCAACGCCGGUCUUACCAUACAACUCGGCCCACCCGUCCAUCGCGGAAGACUCCUCUAAUUCUUCAACAAAAACGUUCACUCCACCUCACACUCGACCAAAACUCCACCCUCCUCAAAUCCUACAACAUCGACGUAAUCCAAGAGCCCGAAGGCUCACCCUCCAGCCACUACAUUGGCAUCUCUCCAGCCCGUUCUGCCCGCUCUCCCUCCAUCAUCGCUGCCCUAACCGCCAACCCCUCCCAUCUCCACCAACGCGUUAAACGAUUCCCCUUCGACUACCGCCAAGGACCCACGCAAGCCGUCAUCGAAGCCGCCCUCGCACACGCCCAACUCGAUGCCGCGCCCCCCAAAGCCAGAGCCCAAACCGCAACACUCAUCACCAACCUCUGGAAACUCUACAAGGAAAAGGAAGCCGUCGACGCACACGUCUGUCUCGCUCUCUCCGUCGACACAGAUGAAAUCCUAGUCUACAACCCCCACCUCUUCUUCGACGACGCAGCCUUCAAGUCCAACAACCGCCACCCAGACCUCCACUCCCUCCGCCCAAAAUCCAGCCUCUCCCCCACCGACCUCGAUGCCGAACACCACGGCAUCGUCUACAUCCGCCUUGAAUCCCCCCCCGCCUCCCCCUCCCCCAGAAACCUCAUCGGCACCCUAGUCAACGGCGCCGGCCUCGCAAUGAACACAAUCGACAUCCUACACACCCGCCUCGCCCCAACCACCACCUGCGCCAACUUCCUCGACACAGGCGGCAAAGCCACCGCACACACCAUCAAAACCUCCUUUGAGCUCCUGCUGCGCGACCCCCGUGUCGCCGUCCUCUUCGUCAACAUCUUUGGCGGCCUCACGCGCUGUGAUAUGAUUGCCGAGGGCAUCGUGUUGGCGUAUCGCGAGGUCGGGGUGCGGAAGCCGGUGGUGGUGCGGUUGAAGGGGACGAAUGAGGAGGUUGGGGGGAAGGUGUUGGAGGGGGCUGGGGUGCCGAUUUUGGCGGUGGAGGAGUUUGAGGAGGCGGUGAGGAGGGUGGGAGAGCUUGUUGGGAGGGGGGAGGGGGUGUAG